AUGAUCGACCCCGCGGCCGAGCUGCCCUUCUUCUACGGCAGCAUCAGCCGCUCGGACGCCGAGCAGCACCUGAAGCUGGCGGGCAUGGGCGACGGCCUGUUCCUGCUGCGCCAGUGCCUGCGCAGCCUGGGCGGCUACGUGCUGUCGGUGGUGUGGAGCCUGGAGUUCUACCACUACCCCGUGGAGAAGCAGCUGAACGGCACGUACUGCAUCGCCGGGGGCAAGUCGCACUGCGGCCCGGCCGAGCUCUGCGAGUACUACAGCAAGGACGCCGACGGCCUGGUGUGUUCGCUCAGGAAGCCGUGCCACCGCUCGCCGGACACGCCCAUCAAAACCGGCGUCUUCGACAGCCUGAGGGACAACAUGCUCCAGGAGUACGUCCGGCAGACGUGGAACCUCGACGGUGAAGCCAUGGAGCAGGCCAUCAUCAGUCAGGCUCCUCAGCUGGAGAAGCUGAUAGCCACCACAGCCCACGAGAAGAUGUCCUGGUUUCACGGCAAAAUCCCGCGCCAGGAGGGCGAAAGACGCCUCUACUCGGGGUCGCAGCCAGACGGAAAGUUCCUGGUGAGAGAACGUGUUGAGUCUGGAACCUUCGCGCUGUCGGUCAUGUACGGGAAAACUGCGUACCAUUAUCAGAUCCUGCACGAUAAAUCCGGCAAAUACUCCAUGCCAGAGGGAACCAAGUUCGACACCGUGUGGCAGCUGGUCGAGUAUCUGAAAAUGAAACCCGACGGCCUGGUGACGUUACUGCGAGAGCCUUGUGUCAACCAGAACAACGCAGGCCAGACUCCGGCGGUUCCAGCACUGAGGACGCCCAGGACUAAUGGCUACACACCGCCGCCUAAAGUUCCUGGAGCGAGCAAGAUCCUGGCACCCAUGGAUCGACAGCCUCUGCCCAUGGACAGCGACGAGUUCGUCAGCCCGUACGCUGACCCGAAGGAGCUGAAGGAUAAAACGCUCUUCAUCAAGCGGGACAAGCUGAUGGUGGACGAGGUGGAGCUGGGAUCCGGUAAUUUUGGAUGUGUGAAGAAGGGCGUGUACAAAAUGAAAAGCAAGCACAUCGACGUGGCCAUCAAGGUGCUGAAGAGUGAGAACGAGAAGGCGGUGAAGGACGAGAUGAUGCGGGAGGCGGAGAUCAUGCACCAGCUGGAUAACCCCUACAUAGUGCGCAUGAUCGGCCUGUGCGAGGCGGAGGCGCUCAUGCUGGUGAUGGAGAUGGCUCCGGCGGGACCCCUGAACAAAUUCCUCUCCAGCAGAAAAGAUCAGGUGUCGGUGGAGAACGUGGUGGAGCUGAUGCACCAGGUCUCGUUGGGGAUGAAGUACCUGGAGGAGAAGAACUUUGUUCACCGGGAUCUGGCCGCUCGUAACGUCCUGCUGGUCAACCAGCAUUACGCCAAGAUCAGCGACUUCGGCCUGUCCAAAGCUCUCGGCGCCGACGACAACUAUUACAAGGCCCGAACGUUGGGGAAAUGGCCUCUGAAGUGGUACGCUCCAGAGUGCAUCAACUACCACAAGUUCUCCAGUAAAGGUGACGUGUGGAGCUACGGAAUCACCAUGUGGGAGGCCUUUUCGUACGGAGGCAAACCUUAUAAGAAAAUGAAGGGUCAGGAGGUGACCGCUUUCCUCCAGAGCGGCAAACGUCUGGAGUGUCCAGCCAACUGCCCAGAUCCCAUGUACGAGGUGAUGAAUGACUGCUGGAUUUACAAGUAUGAAGAUCGACUGGACUUCGUUAAAGUGGAGGAGAGAAUGAGGUCCUACUAUUACUCCAUUUCUAAAAAGCCUCCCACCGAGGCGAGUGAAGACGCAACAAAACCGAAGAGUGAAGACUGAGCCGGGUACAAGAGUCGAUCAGAGCAAACGAUUGCAGUAAAUUAAAUCCUGUUUCUGCUACGAUGCUUGAUUAUCUUUCAGGUCCUCACUUUGUCACCGUGUUGAUUUACAAACUUGUGAGCUAUGAUGAACAUUUAUGUCGUAAAGCUGUUUUAUUUUUAUUUUUAUUAGUUGUGGACUUUAAUUAGUUUAGUAAAGUGUCCUCUUAUUUCUUUUAUGGAAUUUGCCAUGUUGGGAUGUCUUAGGAAUUCUGGCGAACUCGAAAUCUUCAUUGUUUUUAAAUUUGCUUUUUUUUAUUAUUUUCUGUGAAUUAAUAUGUUGUUUUUGUGUGUUUUUAUGUAUGGACAUAAUAAUAAAU